GUGGUCCUGUGCUUUUGUAACCUCUUUUUUUCGUUGGCAAACCGUGACCCUUAAACGUGCUGUACUUUGAGGUUUUGUGAAAAUAUCUUCAAGAUCAAAGUAUCCAUGGUGGCAUCAGCGUAGUCUCACUCAGUAGUGUCAGUGUUCGAACAAAAAGCGCUUCGAAUUUUUAAGUCCCGUUUAUUGCUGAGAAAACCUUUUUUUGAGAUUAUUACCGAACCGUUGAGAUUAUUACCGAACGAAAACUUUUACCAUGGCCAACGACAUAGCUGAUACACAGCCUGCAACCCAAAGUCAGAUGCAGUCCCAAUGUACGCUCUUGGAGAGCCAACCGCCGGAGCUGCCCGUCUAUGGACGCCUUUGCGCUAAAAACGUCCAAAUUGAAAGCCAAGGUACUAAAAAUUCUAUUUCCUAUGUUACUCGUGAAGCUUCUUUGCCUAUAGAUCUUCAUGAUGGCGAAUUCAAGGUGGGACGAGACGCAGAGAGAUGCCACUUAAUUCUCAAGGAAGAACAUAUGCCUGCGUCCAAAUUGUCUCGCGUUUCGAAUGUGCAUUUCAUCAUCACAAAAGGUCCCGACAUCAGUUCGCCCGUGUACAUAACCGACAAUUCCAGGAACGGGACUUUUAUCAACAAUGCACGUAUUGGAAAACAUCGGCAACAAAUUCUGAAACACGACGAUGUGAUUUCGAUCUGUUUCUCGAAUUUAAGAGCUUUCGUCUACCACGACCUCCGGCACAAUGACGCGGAGAGCAAGAUGGCGAACGAAGUGCAAGAAAGAUACUACAUCGAGCGGCAACUGGGAUCGGGGGCAUGCGGCACGGUUUAUCUUUUGCACCACAUCCGUAGCUGCCAGCAGUUUGCGAUGAAACACGUGGUCAAGAACAGGAUCUCACAACAAACGCGAACACGUCCAGGGAUCUUGAACGAUCCACAACGUGUGAUGAACGAAGUUAACAUAAUGAAAAAGCUCGAUCACCCUUGUGUUAUCAAGAUGCACGAUAUCUUUGAUAAGCCGGAUUCCGUGUACAUGGUGCUCGAGUACAUGAAGGGUGGAGAUCUACUGUCGCGCAUCGUCAAGAACCAGAAAUUAUCCGAGAAGACGAGCAAACUCUUCUUCCUUCAGAUGUGUCACGCCGUGGGCUACCUGCACAAACAAGGAAUAACACAUCGCGAUUUGAAACCGGACAACAUUCUGCUGCAAGAUGACCGAGAGUGCACGCUGCUGAAGGUCUCUGACUUUGGGCUGAGCAAGUUCGUAGACAAAAAUUCAAUAAUGCGCACACUCUGCGGCACGCCACUGUACGUUGCACCGGAGAUACUGCAGACCAAUGGUAACGGCAGUUACACGCGCAAGAUAGACAUCUGGAGCAUGGGCGUUGUGCUCUUUACGAUGUUGAGCGGUAAUCUGCCUUUUUCCGACGCUUUUGGAAGCCGGGCGGUCGAUCAGAUUAAGAGCUCCAAGUUCAGCGUGCGCUCACCAGCGUGGCAGGGAGUUUCGUCGAAAGCCAAAAAACUUAUUUACGAAAUUUUGAACGUUAACGCGAAGAAACGUCCAUCAAUCGAGGAUCUCAUAAAAAGCAUCUGGUUGCGUGACCCGGUUGCCAUUGCCGAUGCUAAACAAUUGAUGGGUGACUCGUUGGCACUGGAAGAACAACCCAGAACAACAUCGGAUGUUGAAAACAACAGUGCGGGGCCGAGCCGAUCCUUGCAACAACCACCCAGCAAACGCCAGCGAGUCGGGCAAGUUUGAUGAGGGGUCAAACCCCGAAGGUGCCAUCGUUAGAAAUUUUCCGUCACUAGAAACUUCUUUUUUAAUCUACUGAUACAAUUUCUUCUUUUAUUCUUUGACUGGUUUUUCUAUAAAACGUCUUACUUAAGUUGUCGAUUGUUCUAUCUGUGAAGUUCUACAAUGUGUGAUAUAGUGUUCUGUAUCUGCCGUGCACCUGGUUAAAUGUGCAAAAUAUUCAUUAAGUUCACUCGUACGGAUGGCUUACAGUCUAGAAACGAACACUGUCGAAUGAAAGGUACGUCCAUACUAAGAGUGAGGAUAACUUAUUUUGUUUUGCUUUGUCAGACACUGCAAAUGACCCAAGAGCAAUCGACGAUAGUUUUGUGUUGUCAUUUACUAAUAUUUAGUACUUCACCAAAAAGGAACUCGUGCCCGUAAUGGCAUAAAUCGAACUAAAACAGCAAAUUCCUAUGCAAACAAAUGAAUUCGUCGGUAAAGCCGUAAUAUUGUUGGCGUUCAUCCGAUUUUACGUAACGUUUUUUAUGCUAUCAAGAGUCUACAAAUAAAGUACA